UUCUGGUCAACCAUAAUAGGCGUCACUGGUCCUGGCUUUCCGCUUUCGAAGGAAGAUCUUUCUUCUUACUCGAAUUGCAGGGAUGACCCGUAUCUGAUAUCUCGCCCUUCUGGCAGAAGAAGAUCAUCUCUUCUUCGCUCAAAACCCUUGUCCCAUUCUGUCUUCUUUUCUUCGGAUCUCGCAGAAGUCGACAUGGCUUGGAAAGAGGAAAGUAGCACUCAAGCUGCUCAUGGCAGCGGUUCGUUGGAUUCCGGCCAUGCCCGGCUUCAUGAGCUCGGCUACAAGCAAGAGCUUAAGCGUGAUCUCUCGGUUUUGUCCAAUUUUGCGUUCUCAUUCUCGAUCAUAUCGGUGCUCACCGGCAUCACAACGCUAUACAAUACGGGGCUUAGAUAUGGUGGUCCUCUUGCGAUGACCUAUGGGUGGUUCGUUGCUGGGGGGUUUACAAUGAUGGUGGGGCUAUCUAUGGCGGAGAUUUGUUCUUCUUAUCCGACCUCGGGCGGGCUCUAUUACUGGAGUGCAAGGCUGUCGGGGGUGGAAUGGGCACCCUUUGCUUCAUGGAUGACUGGAUGGUUUAACAUCGUUGGACAGUGGGCAGUAACUACAAGUGUAGAUUUCUCAUUAGCACAACUUAUCCAAGUCAUCAUCCUUCUCAGUACUGUGGGAAAUAAUGGUGGAGGUUACUUAGCCUCCAAAUAUGUUGUUAUUGCCUUUCAUGGUGGGAUUCUUCUUAUUCAUGCCAUCAUAAACAGUCUUUCAAUUAGAUGGCUAUCAUUUUUUGGACAGCUUGCUGCUGUAUGGAAUGUUCUAGGUGUUUUUAUCCUGAUGAUUCUCAUCCCUUGUGUUGCUUCCGAGAAAGCCAGUGCCAAAUUUGUUUUCACCCAUUUUAACACUGAAAAUGAUGCCGGAAUUCAUAGCAAGCUGUAUAUAUUUGUCCUGGGACUUUUGAUGAGCCAGUACACAUUGACAGGAUAUGAUGCAUCUGCACAUAUGACUGAAGAAACUAAAAAUGCAGACAUAAAUGGACCAAAAGGAAUAAUUAGUGCCAUUGGUAUAUCUAUUAUUGCUGGUUGGGCGUACCUACUUGGUAUCACGUUUGCUGUUACCAACAUCCCAUAUCUUUUGAGCAGUGACAAUGAUGCUGGUGGUUAUGCAAUUGCUGAGGCAUUUUACCUUGCAUUUAAGAGUAGAUAUGGCAGUGGAGUUGGUGGCAUCAUAUGUUUGGGAAUUGUUGCCAUUGCCAUAUUCUUUUGCGGCAUGAGUUCCGUGACAAGCAACUCGAGGAUGGCUUAUGCAUUUUCAAGAGAUGGAGCAAUGCCUUUCUCAUCUUUUUGGCAUAAGGUUAACCAGCAAGAUGUCCCUAUAAAUGCAGUUUGGCUCUCUGUAGUUGUAUCAUUUUGCAUGGCACUGACGUCUCUGGGAAGUUUAGUAGCUUUCCAAGCAAUGGUGUCCAUAGCCACCAUUGGCCUUUACAUUGCCUAUGCCCUCCCAAUCUUCUUUCGAAUAACAUUGGCCCGCAAAUCUUUCAUCCCCGGCCCGUUCAACCUGGGCCGCUAUGGGUUACUUGUUGGUUGGGUUGCAGUUUUAUGGGUCACUGUCAUCACUGUCCUCUUCUCCCUUCCUGUGGCCUACCCUGUUACUAAGGAUACUCUCAAUUAUACACCAGUUGCUGUUGGUGGUCUGCUGCUGCUUACAGUCUCUUCAUGGGUUCUUAGUGCAAGGCAUUGGUUUAGAGGACCCAUAACCAAUAUUGAUACAUAGGGCAUUUGGCAUAGAAAACCAAGAUUGUUGGAUGGAUGAAAAGGUCCGAUUUGUAUUGGUUUUAUCCACUGCCUGUGUUUUGGCAGCAAACUCGAAUAAAAUUAUUCGAGGGUAAGCAUAUUUGAUUUGUAAUGAUUUAAGUACAUUUGCUUAGAAGCAAUUUCACACUAUUUGAUUUGUCACUUUACAACAUAGAAUGUUUUCAGAUUUAUAUAUGGUGUCCAUACGAAUUUUAUAUUUAUUUGUGGUCACUUU